AUGUUGCUCCUGCCCCCGUAUAAGGGCCCCCCUAACGCAUUCAGCCCAGCGGGUAUCACGGCACUCUCCUGGGCUAGUACGUCGCAGAACGCUCGGUGGGUAAUGAAGCUGUCUCGCCUGCAAAAAUCAAGACAAAGUAUUCAUGGGUUAUCUUGAUUUACGUCGAGCUUCUGCGUUAGCAACGGGCUAAUUAUGGAAAUGAAGGCACAUGUAGAGGAAGAAGCACAGCCAUGGAAUAAGUAUCAUUCCUUGAAUACAAAACUAUAGUAUAAACAGAAAAAAGUUGUCAGUCUUGGAGAGAGGAAGAAAGGAAGGGAAAACGACUGCUUCAUCUUAAGAUCCUGAAGGAGAAACAAAGGAAGCCAGUAAAGGGCCUUGUCUUCAUUCAUUCAUGGAACGAACAGGGCCAAGAAGCCUUUUCUUGGCUACCCUCCGCAAUGAAUGCAGAGGAGGAACCAUUGCAGGAAACAUGAAACGAACAUUCAUCCCCAUGCAUCACUUUGAAAGAAUAAGCUUCUCCGGUGUCUCGAUGAUCCCCCUGAUAGAUUCUAACCAAAGAGCUGAACCCACAGCUCCCAGACUACCGUCCCUAACAACGUGGCCAACACAUUUGUGGAACUCUAUUCAAUUAAUGAAUGAGAGAGGCACAGAGAGAGAAAGAGAUAGAGAGAGAGAGAGAGAGAAAGAGAGAGAGAAAGAGAGCCUUUUACAGAAGAACCCAGGAACAAGAGAUGGGAGAUCUUCUCUUCCCAACACUAACGUUUUCAUGAAAAGAUGAGCUCGAAUUGAAUGCAGAGCGCCAAGCUUGCUCUACUGUGGUCAACCCAGAGGAGAAGAAAACCCUGCUGCGAACUUGCCUUACACGGCGGCACGUGAACAGAAAAGGAUACGGCGGGACUCACAAGUGAAGAGGAGGUCAGGAGUCUAAGUGCAAACUUGGCGUUGAUUUCGAAAAUGAAAAUAUCACUUCCCCUCCUAUGAAAUAUCUCAACAUGCUUCAGCUAUACUACGGCGGUGGCCCGAAGUCGGGGCACGAUUCACGUGGGAGCAGUUCCACAGUCCCACAGUUACACUGGCAUUUGUCCUCGAGACGUUACCACCCCUGCUACCCAUAACCCUAACCCUAACCACCCUCUUUCUUCAUCCUUCCAGUCUCAAACGAGAGGAGAACUACAGUCCUGACCUCGGGAAACAGAAAACAACAAAACAGGCUCACGCGUAACGUCACCGACAGAACCGAUAAUGAAAUUCCUACCGUUACGAAAUGUAGCACCCACAUGAACACAUGGAAAUGAGAGGAGGAGGGAGACAUACGGCGAUAAACGGCGUAGGAGGAAUACUUCGGGAGAAGGAUGUGAGAAGCCUACCGAGAGAAGAGAGUGCCGCAGUCGCAUCGGUACUCGCGGGUGCCGCAGGUCUUGGAGUGGGCCUUCCAGUCCGACUGGACAGCGUAGCGCUUGGAGCACUUGUCGCACUUCCACUUCUUUUCUCCGUGCUUGCGGCAAUAGUGCUUCUUGAUGCCCGUAAGGUCACCGAGCGCUCGCGAGGGGUCGUGGUGGACACAGGUGGGCUCCGGACACACGUAUACCCGCCGCUUCACCUCCGUGGUGCUCUUCUGCCGAAGCUUCCAUGGCAGGUUGUGCCCCCUCCGGUGCAACUGCAGGUUCUGCUCUCUUUGGAAUCCCUUCUUGCACACCUCGCAGAUGAAGCGGUUCGUUGCCAGUAGAGUCUUCGGCGAUAGAGCUAUUACCUCGGCGUCAGGAUCUAUAUCAGUCAAAAUGGCGUUAAUGAGCUAUUUCAUGGACAUAGGUGAAAGAUAAUAGGAGUGGCACUUGAUCACUGAGUCAGAUGAAUUCGUCAAUCAGCCCGAUCGAUUCAUAUUUAUAUCUGAGUGUGAAGAAAUGUGUGCGUACUGUGGAUCUUAACCAGACCCAAAAGUUAAUCAGAUCUUCUAAUUCUGACUUGGGGCUUGAAAUUUAGUGUAUUGGUAAAUUGGAAACCAUUUCAAUAUCAAAGAAUUUUCUCGUAGGGCACAGGAGGCUAUGAAUAGCGCCUCUAUUGCAAAAGAAAUACCCAAUUCAGUGGCUUAGUGGACAUGGAAUAUCGUCUUGAUAAGGGAACUUGGAGAACACCCUCUUUGGAAUUAAGAGCACGCUACGGAAGGCUCAGAUAAAAAUAUAUAUGUGAUUUCCUUGUAAAUAUGCGAAGAGAAGGUCCUGAGAUCGAUACUAGUAAGAUUUUUUGUGUUUUAGAUACUUGCUUGGUGUUCCUGGCAGGUUCCUUUUUUUCUUCUGA